UCAGUACCACUGGUACAAAUAAAAAAGGUCCAUCAAUGAUUUUAAUUAAACGAAAGAAAAAGCCGGGAAGAGCUUUUGCGAUCAAAUAAAAAUCUUUGUAUUCAGUUGAUUAGUAAAUUUCCACACGAUUAGUAAAGAUGUCGGCUACUGAAGGACAAGUUAUCAAAUGCAAAGCUGCAGUUGCUUGGGAGGCAAAGAAACCUUUGUCCAUCGAAGAGAUUGAAGUAGCCCCACCCAAGGCACAUGAAGUGCGCAUCAAAAUUACUGCCACUGGUGUCUGUCACACAGAUGCCUACACCCUAGGCGGUUUCGAUCCUGAAGGUAUAUUCCCAGUUAUUUUGGGUCAUGAGGGCGCCGGCAUUGUCGAAAGUGUUGGAGAAGGUGUUACUAAAUUCAAGCCCGGUGAUCAUGUCAUCCCCACCUACGUGCCCCAAUGUGACGAAUGUAAAUUCUGCAAAAGUCCCAAAACUAAUCUGUGCCAAAAAAUUCGCUGUACUCAAGGUCAAGGUGUAAUGCCUGAUGGAACUUCAAGAUUUACCUGUAAAGGUCAGAAAUUGUAUCAUUUCAUGGGUACCUCAACAUUUUCGGAAUACACUGUUGUAGCUGAUAUCUCUUUGAGCAAGAUUGAUGAGAAGGCACCUUUGGACAAAGUAUGUUUGUUGGGUUGUGGUAUACCAACAGGUUAUGGUGCAGCUCUUAACACUGCUAAGGUUGAACCUGGCAGUACAUGUGCUGUUUGGGGUUUGGGCGCUGUUGGUUUAGCUACUGCCAUGGGCUGCAAGAAGGCCGGCGCUUCCAAAAUCUACGGCAUUGAUAUUAAUCCCGAUAAAUUCGAGUUGGGCAAAAAGUUUGGUUUUACUGACUUUAUCAACCCUAAAGAUGUAGAGGAUAAGGGUCCCAUUCAAAACUAUCUCAUCGAUUUGAUGGAUGGUGGUUUUGACUACACUUUCGAGUGCAUAGGCAAUGUCAAUACUAUGCGUGCAGCUUUAGAAUCAACCCACAAGGGUUGGGGUACUUCAGUUAUUAUUGGUGUUGCUGCUGCUGGCCAGGAAAUCAGCACCAGACCAUUCCAACUUGUUGUGGGUCGUGUAUGGAAGGGAACCGCUUUCGGUGGCUGGAAGAGUGCUCGUGAUGUGCCAAAACUAGUUGAUGAAUAUAUGAAAAAGGAAUUAUUGGUCGAUGAAUUCAUAACACAUACUAUGUCUUUAGAUAAAAUUAAUGAGGCUUUUGAUUUAAUGCACGAAGGCAAAAGCAUUCGUAGUGUUGUGUAUUUUCAAUAGAAAAAAAUUAUAGAUGAAUAAACACUUAAGAUUCCGAUAAACA